AUGCGGCCCUUGCCAGGACCAUCAGAGACCGGACCAUCAGGGACCGGACCAUCAGAGACCCAUCACACCGGACCAUCAGAGACCCAUCACACCGGACCAUCAGAGACCCAUCACACUGGACCAUCAGAGACCGGACCAUCAGGGACCCAUCACACUGGACCAUCAGAGACCCAUCACACCGGACCAUCAGAGACCCAUCACACCGGACCAUCAGAGACCCAUCACACCGGACCAUCAGAGACCCAUCACACUGGACCAUCAGAGACCGGACCAUCAGGGACCCAUCACACCGGACCAUCAGAGACCGGACAAUCAGGGACCCAUCACACUGGACCAUCAGAACCCAUCACACCGGACCAUCAGAGACCCAUCACACUGGACCAUCAGAGACCGAACCAUCAGGGACCCAUCACACUGGACCAUCAGAGACCCAUCACACCGGACCAUCAGAGACCGGACCAUCAGGGACCCAUCACACUGGACCAUCAGAAACCCAUCACACCGGACCAUCAGAGACCCAUCACACCGGACCAUCAGGGACCCAUCACACUGGACCAUCAGAGACCCAUCACACCGGACCAUCAAAGACCGGACCCUCAGGGACCCAUCACACUGGACCAUCAGAGACCCAUCACACCGGACCAUCAAAGACCCAUCACACCGGACCAUCAGAGACCCAUCACACUGGACCAUCAGAGACCCAUCACACCGGACCAUCAGAGACCCAUCACACCGGACCAUCAGAGACCCAUCACACUGGACCAUCAGAGACCCAUCACACCGGACCAUCAGAGACCCAUCACACCGGACCAUCAGGGACCCAUCACACUGGACCAUCAGAGACCCAUCACACCGGACCAUCAGAGACCCAUCACACCGGACCAUCAGAGACCCAUCACACCGGACCAUCAGAGACCCAUCACACUGGACCAUCAGAGACCGGACCAUCAGGGACCCAUCACACCGGACCAUCAGAGACCGGACAAUCAGGGACCCAUCACACUGGACCAUCAGAACCCAUCACACCGGACCAUCAGAGACCCAUCACACUGGACCAUCAGAGACCGAACCAUCAGGGACCCAUCACACUGGACCAUCAGAGACCCAUCACACCGGACCAUCAGAGACCGGACCAUCAGGGACCCAUCACACUGGACCAUCAGAAACCCAUCACACCGGACCAUCAGAGACCCAUCACACCGGACCAUCAGGGACCCAUCACACAGGACCAUCAGAGACCCAUCACACCGGACCAUCAAAGACCGGACCCUCAGGGACCCAUCACACUGGACCAUCAGAGACCCAUCACACCGGACCAUCAAAGACCCAUCACACCGGACCAUCAGAGACCCAUCACACUGGACCAUCAGAGACCCAUCACACCGGACCAUCAGAGACCCAUCACACCGGACCAUCAGAGACCCAUCACACUGGACCAUCAGAGACCCAUCACACCGGACCAUCAGGAGCCCAUCACACCAUUGA